CGAGACACAAAAACAGAGAAACCUCCAAACAGGAAGCUAUUGUGCUGAAGUCCCGCCCCCUCAGUCUCUGGGUAAAGGGUCAGAGUUUUUAUGUAACAGAGCGAGACUGACACUUCUGCAGAGUCACCGUCGCAGCAGUAAACUGCAGAGAUGAUGAAGCUCAUGGAGGACGAGGUCUUCAGGGCGUUCGCCACCUACGCAGCCGUGGUUAUGGUGAAGAUGCUGCUGAUGGCACCUCUAACAGCUUUCUACCGCUUCAGCAGAGGAGCCUUUGCUAAUGAGGAAGACGUGGCGAGGAAGUCUGCAGACGAGAGGAAGAAGUUGCUGAGGUCUCAUCCUGACGUGGAGAGAGUCAGAAGGUGUCAUCAGAACGACCUGGAGAACAUCAUUCCCUACGUGGCCAUCUCUCUGCUCUACACGCUGACCGGUCCCGCCCUCUCCGAGGCUCUGCUCCACUUCAGAGUGUUCGCCGGCUCUCGGAUCUUCCACACCGUGUCGUACGUGCUUCCUCUUCCUCAGCCCUGCAGAGCUUUCUCCUGGAUGGCCGGCAUGCUCGCCACCUUGUCCAUGGCGUACCGGCUAUUCAGCGCUGUCCUCGUGCUCUAAAAUCAGGAUCUUCCUUCGUCCUGUAGACGGUGUGAAGGAGCUUUCUUACAUUCCUCCAGAAGCCCAUUUUUUAUACACAGAUAUUUCAGUGAAUUCCGUUAAUUUACCGCAGAAUUUAAAUCAUCUGAAGAUGAAAUGUCCUGUUUUUAUUCUUCAAAUUUCAUCUGACCUGCUGAGCCACAGUCAUCACUCAUAACUGUGUUUAAAUAAAAUUUGAUAACA